GAACCUCGAAAGUGACCAUAACAGCCGUUUGUGCGCGCUCUCUUAUCAGAGACUCAUUAAGCGAUCGGUCAUUAGUGGUGAAUUCCUGUUUAACUUGUGAUAUCAGUGAUUAUUUGUAAUAUGGAUCUUCAAGAGUCAGAUGAUGUGUACGUCGGAUCAUUUACAAAGGGCUUAGUAUUUGAACUUUGGUUAUCUACAAGUGGUACAAAUAUAGAAAGGCGUCAUCAAGUGCUACAACAUCUGAUUGAAAUGGUCCCAGAUGCAGAGAAAGUUGAUACUGGAAAUUUAGAAAAUGUUAUUAAGUACGUCUGUGAACGAAUCGCAGUUUCUUGGAAAUCUUGUUCGAGAAAGAAAGCUGAUGUUCGUAUAAAACAUUCUGUGUGGUUCAAGGAGUUACAAAGUGUUCAGUUGUUAAAAAAAACAACGCUAAACAGGAAUUCGUUGGACGUUGAAUUAGGCCAACAAUCGUCAUCGGGAUCUUUACCUGCAACCGGACGGCCAAAAAAAGAAUUUGCAGUUUGCAGUAAGCGGUCACAACACAGGAUAUCGAAAUUUUUCAAGCAUCCCUCUGUAUCUGCUGAAAUCACAGGUAUACAACAGGACCUAAUCGAAAGAUGCGGAACCAUUUUAGAGUGUUAUAAUCUGGCUAUAAAAUAAAUGUUGAUAAAUUUGAUGAGUGUGACAUAGAAACGGCGAAGCAAUUAAUGAAGGUUUACAGUUGAUAUCCUUUACCUUCCUCAGUACAUAAAGUGCUUUUACAUGAUACCAUUGUCAUUGAAAACGCUUAAGUUCCUAUUGGCGAACUGUCGGAAGAGGCUGCGGAAUCAACCAAUAAAAAUAUAAAGAUGUUUAGACGCAAUCACACGAGAAAAAUGCCUCGGGAUCUUACCAAUAGAGAUCUUAUUCACAGGAUAUUUAUUAAACUCUGAUGCUUUAGUAACUUUCAGUAGAAAGUUGCCCCGUAAUAAGAAAAAUACUGUUUCCUUUGAUGUUUUAAAUUUAUUAGAUAGGACUGAAUA